UGUGUGCGCGCGCGCGCGAGUGGUGGCCAGAACCCUCUCUAUAUAUACAGUAGCUUCACGCGGGCACCCAGCCCUCUCCCUCAUUACACGCGCGCGCGAGAUGCAUCAGCACGGCUCGUGCCUCGCUGUGUGAUCCCUCUUCAGUUGGGAACUCGCUCGUGAAGAUGCUCCGCGGUUCCGCGCGCGCCCGGCCGUCCGCGCGAGGCUCUGCGCUCCGUUUUGGCGUUUUGGAUUUAUUCCCGCAGACAUCCCAUAAUAGAUUAAAACAUAACAGUUCAACAGAAGAGUGUUAAAUAAACGGACAUCACCGGAGUACUGAAGAUGGACAAGCUUUAUCUGUGGAUACUCGCCUCUUUCUGGACAGCUGUGCAGGCCAUCCACCCGGACUGCGCCAUCAUCUCCCAGCACAUGAGGGCCCAGGAGCUCUGCAAUCAGACCAGAUGGAGAGAGAGCAGGAACCUGUCUGAACCACAGGGCUGCAGGACGGAGUGGGACGAGAUACGCUGCUGGCUCAGAGCAGAUGUCGGUCAGGUGGUUAACGUGUCCUGUUCCGAAGUUUUCCAGCACUUCUCCAGCAAGCCAGGUUACAUCUACAGGAACUGCACGGCAGCAGGCUGGAGUGACCUGUAUCCACCUUACGAGGAAGCCUGUGAUUUCGGAGAUGACGCAGAGCCCGAAUCCGAGACAACCUACUUCUCCACCUUCAAGCAGGUGUACACCGCAGGUUACGCCACCUCGCUGAUCUCGCUCAUUACCGCCAUCAUCGUCUUCACCUCCUUCAGGAAGUUCCACUGUACCAGAAACUACAUACACAUCAACCUCUUCACCUCCUUCAUCCUGCGGGCGAGUGCUGUCUUCACCAAAGAUGCUGUGCUCUUCUCCGACGAGUCCCUGGACCACUGCUUCAUGUCCACGAUGGCGUGUAAGAGCGCCGUAGCCUUCUUCCAGUUCAGCAUCCUGGCUAAUUACUUCUGGCUGCUGGUGGAGGGCAUGUACCUGCAGACGCUGCUCGCGCUCACCUUCGUCUCCCAGAGGAAGUACUUCUGGUGGUACAUCCUGAUUGGAUGGGGUGUUCCAUCGCUUGUCCUUAUUGUUUGGGUUUUGACCAGGAACUUCUAUGAUGACAGAGGUUGCUGGGAUGACACCGACAACAUUGGCGUUUGGUGGAUCAUCAAAGGACCGAUAACAGCGUCUUUGUUUGCCAACAUCAUCAUUUUCCUGAAUGUGAUCAGGAUCCUGGUUCAGAAGCUGAAGUCCCCGGGUGUAGGAGGCAAUGACACUGGCCACUUCAUGAGGUUGGCCAAAUCUACCCUGUUUUUGAUCCCUCUGUUUGGGAUGCAUUACACUGUCUUCGCUUUUCUGCCAGAGAACACUGGAGAGACAGCACGGCUCUACAUCGAGCUCGGCCUCGGAUCCUUUCAGGGUUUCGUGGUGGCUCUACUGUACUGUUUCCUUAAUGGAGAGGUGCAAGCCGAGCUAAAGAGGAGACUGCGGAAGUGGCAGACCCAGAGUCAUCUGAGCCCGGGCAAAAAGCGGCGCAUCACUGUCACCCAGAUCACCGUGCUGGAGAGAGGCGACCCCCAGGCAGCCGUGUGCUCCGGUAACGUCUCGUCGGUGUGAACGAGCAGGCCUGGCGCCGCCGCCGCCGUUGCCGCCUCUACGCGUGAGACGUUAGAGCGUGGGAAGCUGCUGUGUCGUUCUCUGGGAUUGAGGAGUUUCGGCACAGCUGGGUUUGUACGCCUGGAAGCGAAGGAGGGCUGGAACUCGGAUCGAGUGGCAUUAAACGAGAGUGUGAAACCCUGAAGUGGA